AUGGAAGAAACAGCUAACGAUCUUUUUAAAUUUACAAAGGUUUAUCCUGCUGAAAAAUUAAAGAGAUGCAAAAGUUUGCAAAAGCAAACUCUAAAAGAAGCACUAAAAAUUAAAAGAAUAGAUGAAUCUCCUAUAAAUGGACGAAUUUCAAGUACAAGAUCAAGCUCUCAGACAUCAUUUAAGAGAAAUUUGAUUCCAAAACUACCUCAAACACUUAAAAAUUCAACUUUAUCUAUUAAAAAGCCUUUAUCACUUCCUAAUACAGACAGAUCACACACAAGCACUCCUUCAUUAGUGCUCAAAUCGAAAAAUGGUAAUUCUCAUAUAAAUUUAUAUGAAAAAUUACGAUCAAUUAACAGCUUAACCCUCACAAAAGCCAAAGAAAAUUCUAACACUCAAUUUAAGACUUUCGGAAGCAAGCUAACUCUACAUCUAAGCUCCUUAAGGCCUAAAUUUCUUCACAAAGCUUCAUCAAAACUCCUUCUUUAUCCUCUUACCCAACCUUUUUUUGUAAAAAUUUUAUUACUGAAGAUUUAAAAAUAUUAAAAUAAGAUUGAUUAUAAUUUAUAUCCAAUAAAUUGCACACAAAAUAAUCAUUCUGAAAAAGUUAGUCAUCCGAAACACAUCUCCCACUUCACACAAACAGAUUUAAGUGAAGAAUUCAUAACUUUUUAA